GAAAUUUAAAUGUUACGUAUGUAUACGCAGGCAAAAACUCUAAAUCAAAACAGAGCCAAAUAGCACACUGUUAGUUUCUUCUAGGUAACAAUCCUGCCUGUUCUUUUUUUGUUUACAGUUAUAUUUAAUUGUUGUUUGAAGCUGUUUUCAACGACGAUUUUACAUUAUUCAGUACAUUUCAUGUACACCUCGGAACCCUAUUACAUGAAUGUUGAUCGUAGAUGGAAUCCGCCUACCCGGGCAUUUUCAACCGGAGUUUAUAGAACGUGCCCGCGGAUACCACCAGCCAAGAGACGAUAUUUUAAUUGUAUCGUACCCAAAAGCUGGUACUCAUUGGUUGUGCCACAUUUUGUCACUCAUACUCACGGACUUCGGCACAACUGAAGCACCCGUCUACCUUGAGGCAGCUGGCGAUAAUGGCCAGACUACAGUCAAUAUUAGCAAUCAGCCUCGAAUUGUAUUUAGUCACCUACCGAUAGGUUUUUUUGAGACGGUUAAGUCGAAAUCGUCGGCCGAGCCGGUGUCCGAGUAUGACAGUGAAUCCGAUGAAAUCAUUGUGAAACGUAGAAAACCACGAGAAAUCGCCAGAUCUCGUAGAUUGCACAAAGUGAUCUACCUAUGUAGAAAUCCUGCCGAUGUCAUUGUGUCUUACCAUUACCACUGUCAAACACUGGCCAGUCUCUACGGCGAUGAGUAUGCCUGUAAAAGCCUUGAAGAAUUUUCGGAGUCCUUUCUCAAAGACGAGUGUUAUUACGGCAGCUAUUUUAAGCAUGUCAAGGACUGGCUGUCGAGCACCGAAUUUGAUCUUCACGUCGUGUCGUACGAACAGCUUCAGCUAGACUUCAAUAGCACUAUAAGGGAGCUUCUCAAAUUUAUCGGUCGCGAAAAAUGGCUUUCCGAGGGAAAUACUCAAGUCAAAUUGAGAAGGCUUCGAGAGGAGUGUACUAUCAAUCGGACAAGGAGGCUCAUACAGAAACAGGUCGCUGACAUCGUUUGUAAAGCUAUUGAUGGAGAUCACCUCAGUCAGGAUCAGCGUCACAGUGUUAAGCGAAUUCAGACCGAAAAUUCAGAUAGAGAGAAGUUUAUUUCGGUGUUUGCUCACAAGGGUCUCAUUGGCGAAGGACAGGCGAAGCUUAAUGACGAGAUAUUAAGGAAGCUUCACACACUGACCAUCGAACUACUAGCCGACACCCCUAUUGCUCAUAUCUGGAAAAGCCUCGGAAUUCUCAGAUCUUAAUAUUAUUUGCGUGUAUAUAUACAUAUAUGUUUAACCUCUUCGUGAAUUUAUUUACUCUCCUGUUCAAGGAGAGAUCCCCAUCAGUAAUUGGGGGCUCCGAAUUCUAUGAUACCAGUGAGAUUAGCAGUGACUGAGUCAUAAUUCUAUCUAAAAUACAAGCACUGUAGAUGAAGGUCCGUCAACAUAUUUUCAAUAGUCAAAUUUUGCACACCGCAGAAGUGUAGAUAUAAUUGUGAAUAGAAAGUGUGUAAAAGACGGAUAUACAAGGAAGGUUACGAAAAUAAAAACUUUUACGUGAUAAAUUAAUACACAGAAUAAUUCCAGGUUGAAGCGUUAGAAAACGUUAGUACGACAUCGGAGAGCUUUCAGGUGUGGUCGAACUAAUAAAUUCGAAUACAAAUGAACGAAGUUGCUUUGUUAAAAACCCACAGUUGUGCGCUUUCAAAAACUAAACCCAGGUAUUUUUGUGCUACCCAAAGCAAAGCAUCUUUUGCCUUUGAUACAUUUAACCACAAAACAUAAUCGGAUAUGAAAAGAGCGCUAACGUUUUUUGACUUUGCAUUAUCUGAUGAGAUCUAUUUACAUGUGAAAGUUACGCUUCGAAAUAACCUCAUCAUUAAUGCCAAUAUUCAGAAAGGUUUGGUCACAUCUGUAGUAGCGUAACUUAUAAUAAAAUCAGAAUGAGCUUUCAGACCACCAUUAAGACUGAGAUUAUGCAAUCGAUCAUUUUGCAACUUUCUCAAUGGAUAAAACAUUGCUCUAAGUUCAUCCAGGCAGCUUGCGGCUACAGUUGACGCUUCAUUCAUUUCCAUUCAUAGUGAUAGUUGUUGUAUACGAUGAUUUCUUAUACGCGAAGACCGUUCAAUCGUGCGAAAACAUUAAACGUUAAUUGAGAACGAGGCAACAGUUUAGACCUUUCUAACUUCUAUCUAGCUUUUGUUUACUCAGUAUGCUCUACAGGUGAUAUCCUCAAUUUGGAUGUGUUUUUUCGUCCAUUAUUUCAAGACUCGUGAUUGGUCUAUUAACAAUCUAACGUUUAGUCGAUGUUCAAAGCGAACUAUAAAGCACGCACAUUGUUUAUGUAAAAAUGGCAAAAACAGAAAUACUCUGCUAAAAAUCCCUUACAUGAAACGAUCAGAUGUACUCGUAAAACUAUUCGCUACAGUUUGUUGGUUUCUUUUCUUCGCUUAAAAACAGUGUAUUUGGUAAUAAUCGCAGAUUUUUACAGAUAGGUAUUUUCGUACUUUACUGGACGAAUUUGUAUCGAUAUAGAAAAUUUCUUCCGAAAAUAAGCAUCUACCAACUAAGUUAUUGAAAUUUUAUGCUAUUUCCUUUCUACCAGUACAAUUGCGAAGUAGUUUAACGAAUUCAUCUUAGAAACCUUAGAUUUCAUUUAGUGUCUCUUAAUAGGAAACAUUAAACUUGGCUUGCCGUAUUAGUUUACGGCAAUUAAAUUGUUCAGGGACACAGGAAAGUCAGCACGUCCUCACGAUCUCGAUGUUCAUGUAACAUGCGUCGACUCAUCUUGAAGGUAAAACGCAACCUGAGGUUGGAUUGUUGCAAUCAUAUAAUCUCUAUAGCACUCAAUAGCUAUAUGCGUUUCAAAGAAGUUUUUUGGUACUGCACUGACCGACCGCUCAAAAGGAACAGUUUAUCUCAGUAAUAGAUUUUUUUCGCCCAUGAGUUUCGGGUGACUGCAACAUGGAUAUUGAUUGAUUGAUUGCAAGUCAUAUUCGCUAGAUGAGGCCCGUAUGCUAUGCGAAAAUCUGUUGCAGAACAACAUGAUUUACACUAUCCUCAUUAAAUCACAAGCAUAGUAUAACGUAAGUUGAUGGCUAUAUGGUGAUGUAAUAGUAUUAAAAGAAGAUCCGGGUUGGUUUAAAGUAUGAAGAAAAAAACUUGAGUAUUAACGAUGGCCAGUAGUCUCGGCGGAAGCAAGUUCAAUUGUCGGGACUGAACCUUACAUUUGGCACACACGAAAUAGACUUUGCCCUAGUGGGUCCAUCAAAUGUAAUCGAAUAUACGCAAACCUGAUUCAAAAAACGUAUAUACUUUUCUAUGCCACAUUUUUCUUAUUUGUUUUAUCUUAAGUGUUAGCACUUCCAAGCAGCACAUAUGUGGCUAAACAGACUUAAAUAAAUGUCUUACGCCACUAACGCAGCGGACUUUCAAUGAUUGUAUUAUUUAGAUUGUCUACAGGAAUAACAUUUAGCGAACUGACCUAGAAAAGAACUGGAAAGGAAUUGCGUAUUAUUAAAGAUGUCCCUAGUCCAAGGCCAGAUAUCGUAUCACAUUCAUAAACUCGUAAACUAGUCGCUGGCGUAGUUUCUGUGUGAUGGUAGGUUAACUGAAACUCUAUAUUUGUGUUAAUUGUAUGUAUUUUAAAAAUCUUUUUUUUUUUUUCAUACCUGCUUACCUUUUUGACUCAGGAUCAGUCGUUACCGAAAGCGCUCCACUGGAUCAUGACACCAAAUUCAACAAAAACUAUACAGCAAACAUGUUUCAUACAAUACAUCUACUUCAAGCGGAAAAUAAUCAGGCAGUUCGCGGAUGAUGAAUAGAUUAAUGAUAUUGAAAAUAAACAUUCAAAUAUUU